UCUGUUUUGGUCGCCUGCCAGCAGUCGUCUGGAAGGGGAGGGGAGCCGUCUGUCUUCCGCUUCUGGGCUGGAUUGACACACAAUGAGGAGCAGAGGCAGGGGAGACCCUCCACGAACACCGCUGUAAAUAAAUACAACAAUCACUGAGGCUACAGAAACAUGGAGAACCAGUGCACAGUGCAGGUGAAGCUUGAGUUGGGCCACAGAGCUCAGCUGAGAAAGAAAGUGACAUCAGAAGGCUUCACCCAUGACUGGAUGGUGUUUGUCCGAGGGCCUGAGACCGGCGCCAUUCAGCACUUUGUAGAUAAGGUCAUCUUCCGCCUUCACGAGAGCUUCCCCAAACCCAAGAGAGUAUGCAAGGAGCCUCCGUACAAAGUGGAGGAAUCGGGCUACGCGGGCUUCCUCAUGCCUAUUGAGGUUUACUUCAAGAACAGGGAGGAGCCUAAAAGGGUUUGUUUCAACUACGACCUGUUCCUUAACUUGGAGGGCAACCCGCCUGUUAACCACCUGCGCUGUGAGAAGCUCACCUUCAACAACCCCACCAGAGAAUUCAGGAAAAAGCUGAUCAAAGCUGGAGGGAUUUUAGUGGUGCCCGAGGGAGCGGAAGCUGUUUCAAGGCCCAGUCCAGAUUACCCGAUGCUCCCCACCAUUCCCCUCUCCGCUUUCUCAGAUCCUAAGAAAACCAAGACCUCUCAUGUAUCAAAGGAACCCAGCAAAGAUGGAAGUGGUGGAAGUAGUAAAGCACCCAAAUCACACAAACUGACCAAGGAGCACCGCGAGCGACCACGAAAAGACUCUGAGAGCAAAGCCAUGUCGAAAGGAGACGACAGAGAUGGAAGCACCAAAAGCGGUCGCGAUCCUUCCUCCUCCUCGUCUUCGUCUUCAAAAAAGCCGUCGGAUAUCAAAGCGAAAGAGGACGUUAAGGUCCUGCCCAAGGCAGCUUUCAAGGAACCCAAGCUCACUCUGAAGGAGUCAAAAAUGGAGGGCAUGUCGCCCAAAGGAGGGGGGGCGGGCAGUGGUGGGGGAGGAGGAGGAGGUGGGGGGUCAGUGGAGUGCAAAGCUCCAGGGAAACGGCCCUCCACCGUCGAGUCUCCCAAACCUAGCACUAAGAAGCAGAAGAAAGGCAGCUCUGAGGGGCCGAAAGGACCUUCCGGUGGGGCCUUCACGGGUACCUCUCCACGCGUCUCCUCCUCAUCCGCACCCAGCCAGUCCUACUCCGAGAAGAAACCUCCCAAGGAUAAAAGUCGCUGGGCCAAAAGCAAAAACGACUCGCAAGAGCUGAAGGAGUCCAAGAAACCCCCAGAUUCAGAGGAGUCGAACUCUGAGGACGAAGCAUCGUCAAAAUCAGAGUCGGCAGCUACAAGCCCCUCCAACUCCAGCUCCAGCUCUGACUCCAGUUCAGACUCAGACUUUGAGCCAGCACAAAAACAAGGACAAGGCCCCCUGCGGUCCAUGGUGGAGCUGAUCCAGUCAGCAGAGUCGGAUGAUGACGACAGCAGCUCAGAAGAAGAGACGCCCACCAAAACCAACCCAUCCAACUCUCGAGUCAGCAUGGACAGCGAUAGCGACAGCAGCGAUGACCACCCGAGUCGAGACCCUGCUCCGCCCCCACAGAAACACAGCUCCUCUAACAACAAGGUUGUCAGAAAGAGUCCUGAUUCUUCUUUCCGCUCAGAGAAGGUGAUGAAGAAGGGAUACGACAAGGUAGGAGGGGCCUACACAGAAGAGCUUGUGGACCUCCACCGCCGGCUGAUGGCGUUAAGGGAGCGAAAUGUCUUACAGCAGAUUGUGAACUUGAUUGAGGAAACGGGCCACUUCAACGUGACCAACACCACCUUUGACUUUGACCUUUUUUCACUGGAUGAGUCCACUGUCCGUAAACUACAGAGCUACCUGGAGGCGACGGCCACGUGACAGGAAGUGGAAGCCGGCGCGUGGAUGUCACCGGCAGAGGAAGCUGCUCCGUCACGUCGGCCCUUCAAGGAGGACACGAGCAGCCUCACGAGCCCCAGCGAGGCGUCGAACAACUACCACACGAACACACAAACAAGCCUAAGCACACAACACCACCUUCACGUGACGCCGAUGAGAACAGUGGAGGAGACGGAGGCGUGGGAGGCAACGCGGUCUUCUGUCUACAGGCAGGAUUUGACUCUCUUUAGUGUGUGGAGAGCUGAGGAAUUCACCCCACACCCCCCUCACUCUCCCUGCUGCACUCAUAUUGCUCCCGCCUUUGCAAAACUAAUACUUCCCCUCCUCCUCCUCCUCUUCCUCCUCGUCCUCCCUCCUCACAUGCACACUCCUUUCUUGGCAGAACACUCCAGUUCCCUCCCCCAGUUGUCAGCUGGAGCUAAUUUCUUUCCCAACAUACUCUUUGAGUUGUGCGUUUGAGUUGUCUGUGCGUGCACGUGGGUGUGUGUGUGUGUGUGUGUGCAAACACUGCUGAGGUUUAGGAGAAGCCGUCUUUGUGACUUCUUUCAUGAAACUUGAGCAGAGACCGUUGUUUCUUCCAAAAAAGACACACGCCAACCGAUACACAAUUGGGAAGCACUUUACUCUGUCAGCCACACACCCCGUUUAUUUAGUACGAUACAUUUUGCCGUUAGCAACUUUAUUUGUCGAUUUGCCAGCAGUUUCUUUACAAUAUUUCACUUUUCUAGAGUUAGGAUUAAAGCUAAAGUCGUUUCUUCUAGUUUUGUCACGUGUGACUAAGCUAAUUCAUGGUUACUUGGCUAGAUUUCUGUUUUUUCUGAAGCUGCAAGACUGGAACUUCUACUUUGUGGCCAUUAAACCGUUUACAUUGAACUCCUGCAGGUUAAGAAGACGGGGGAAAACCCGAACUAUCUGGAGAUACACUGACACUGAAGCUUUUUUUUUGUCGCAUUAAAAACGACAAACAUGACAAGCUUAAAUUUGGAGCAUACGUUAUGAUAUUAUGAUAGAAGCCAUUUUAAUCAACAUGUUUAGAUCACUGAGGCGUUUGCUGUAUGGAUGGAGUGAGAGUUUGCAGAGCUUUCUGUUGUCUAAACAUCUGAAAACACAUGUUCUAGUUGAGUCCCCCCCCUCUUUCUGCUUCCUCGCACUGAAAGCUGAGCCUUGACCUCUCACCAACACCCCCCCACACACACAUACACACACUUCGCUCCCAUGAAAGGCCCUUCCUCCUUUAUUCCCUACACCGGCGUGCAUGAAAGGGCUCGACUGCUCGCGGCCAGAGCAGUGGAGGUUCCCUCCCGAUUUGCCUUCUCAGUGGUAUAAGGCGAAAUUAAAAAAUAAAAAAAAGCCGUGAAAAAGUAGCCAUACUUGUUUCCUAGAAUCCAAAAAAGAAAAACAAGAAAAAAAAUUGGGGGCCAUGCUUUUUUACAUUUUAUUUUUCUACAAGUGCUUUUUUGUGUAUUUAUUCCCAGAUUGCGGUUAAGAGAACCUGUGAGCUAUGAAUGUAUACCGCUUUUACUUUUCUACGGCUAGCAACAGCCCCACUCUAGUGCCUUUGUCUGAGACUCCCAGUGUGAGGGGCGGGGGGGUACGCGGUCUGUUAGUCAUGCCCACACAGAUUGAACCCCCACCCCAACCAACCCCCCUCCCCUCCCUGGGGGGAAACAAGUGUUAAUUGGGAUGCCUGAAUAUCCAGUGUUGUCUUAAUGGCCCCCAUCUCCACAUCUCUUCAGAUUUUUUUUUAAAGUAAUGAUAUCUCUUUGCAUCUUGUUUGUUAGGUGGCAUUUUUCAUCAAUGGUGGUCCUCUUUCUUUUUUUUUUCUCGGUAGAGUCAGCAUCAGAUGACUGUGGUAGUUUUUGACUUGAAUUAGCUGCAGGAAGAGCUUCGUCCGCUGUGUUUUUUUUUUGUUUGUUUGUUGGUUUGUUUGUUUCGCGUUGUGUGUUUAGUAACGGUGUUCUUGAAAAGGGUUCGGGCUCCCUCUUCAAGCUGUUCAACGCUUUCAAUGUAAUGCUGAAGUAUUUGAAACCAAAAUCUCUCUUUAAAAAAUAAAAAAAAGCGGUAAUGGAUAGAAGAAACAGAGCAAGAUGUUCGCUAAAUGCGGUUCAGAAUCAGAAAGUUGGUUUGGAUGAGUUAGUCAGAAGAUGGUCUCACAGAUCUGGCUCCUCUUCAACAGUCAGUGCAGUUUAAUAAUGCCUAAACACUAUUUGCCUGCUGGUGAUUAGCAGCAAAACCAAAUAUCUUUAUUUAAUUAAAACUUUAAAUUAAAUGCACUGUUUGUUUUUAACAUAUCUUUUGCAUGUCUGCACUACAGUUUUUUUUUUUUUCUCAGCCUUUUUCAUGCAUAUCUAACCUUCUAGACCAGCUCACACAUUCAUCGUUGGUGACAUUACAGGAUAAGCACAGUUUGUCAGGAAAAUGGCUUUACUUGUUCAAAAUGAAUCAAAGUCUAGUUAAAAAUGACUUAAAUAAGUUCACUUUGGUAACAUGGUUGCAUAAAUUGAUGCAUUUUUAACAUAAACUUGACAAUCAAGACGUUAUAAGACAUUAGGAAUAAUUCCACACACCUUAAAAAGUAGCUGAUUAAUAAGUAAGAGGGACACUGAAGUUACUACCUAGUCCUUUGGGCACUUAAAUGUUUUGGUGAAUAAUAUGAAGUGCAGAUGAAGGUCUUUGUACCAGAUUUAGCUGGUAUUAUUCUUGCUCUGAAUGCGAAAUUUACUUGCAAACUGAUGGUCAUUUAGACACAAUAAGCAAUUGGAGGUGAUUUUUUUUAGUGAUUUGAUUUGCGCUCAAAAUGAUUAAACUUUUUUGCUUUAAAAAUGAAGCUUUCCUCCUUAACAAGCACACAAGCUCCAAAGAGUUAGCUUGUAAUAGUAAGUAAUCUGUAUAUUAUGAUGCUCUUUCUUGAGAUCCAACACACUUUUAGAUUUUCUUUAUUGUUGUACAUUUUUAGUAUUCUUUUCUCUAUUUUUUAAUUUCUUCUGCUUUGAUACUUUUUGUCCAAAUAGCUCUUUAGCUAGGAGCCAGAUUUGUGAGACGAGUUUAGCAUUUUGUUGAAGUUGUAGAUGAACUUGCUUCUUUGAUUCUGCGUGACCUUCUUCCCCGCGCCAUCGUUCGGUUGUCACAGAGCCCCCCCGUUACGCCGCCUCAUUCCCCCGUGGACGGUGUUUUUGCCUCGAUAGCUUUAAUACUUUUUGCUGUCUCUUCUUCUGUUGCCUGCCGAAGCUCAGCGACACGAACACACUCCUCGACCGCAAAGAGCGCCUGACGUCUCGAUAGAAACGCAACCUGGAUCCACACCGCCUUACGUCCCCUCGCCGUGUCCUCCCUCCUGCCCUCCUGUCGUCCCCUCCCCCCCCACCACGCCACUUUGAUUUCUUCAAGGUGUGCCUUUGUCAACAGAACCUUCAGGCCGCUACACUGAGAAUGCACUGUGUGAGUGACGUCUGCGAGUGUGUUGGUCAGCGAGGGUAUUGAUGAAGAACAACUUUUCCUCUCUGUCCUUUUCUCUGUGCAUUGAUGUGGGAACUUUUAAGUCCUAGUUCAUGAACUCUGACCCUUGACCAGGCACUCAUUCAGUCUCCAGCGGCGGCGGUGAGGAGGAGUGUUUUAUUUAUGGACCUCUGCACUUUUGGCUGUGAUGACUUCAGUACUUAUGUAGUUACCUAAACUGUAUUUUUAAGGAUUUUAUACAAUAUUUACAUGCAAUACAAUAUGAAUUGAGUUUUUUUUUUUUUUGCCAACCUUUUGUUUAGUUUUAUUUAAUUCUUUACGUGGGCAUGUGUUGUCAUUAUCCUUUAGCAAACAUGCCGGUUGGAUCUAUUUACAGCAUGAGAUGUUGUUAUUGGAGACGUUCUCCAUGUUUUGUGUGUUCUGUUGACAGUCGAGCACCAAGAAAGAGGUGUAGAAAAAAAAACCCUUUGCUGGAUGAGCUAAACUUUGUGUUACCCUCUGCUUUGAGUACAAAUAACUGGACCAGAAGGGAGACUUGCAGAGUUCAUACUUUGGUUCCAAGAACUAAAAGAAGAAUUGAAAAAACAAAAGAAAAAAUUGUUUUCUGCGUUUAGCUUUUAUUUUUUUUUUUUUUUGUACCUGUUCAUAGGAGUCUGUACUGAUCUGUCAUCACUUGAUUUUUUUUCUGUGUGUGUGUGUUUGAGAUAACUUGAGCCUGAAGAAACACAUCAUAGGAGAUAGAGUUACAAAGUGAGGGGAGCUCAAGGCGUGUGAUUCCGUUUGGAUAAAUCCUCUGACCAUAUCUCACAGACUCCGCCAGAAUCAACAAAGCUGUAAAGAGGAAGAGAAAACUCUUAAAUGAUCAACUUUGAGUAAUUAGAAGUGAAUACAGCACAUGACGUGCCUUGAUUUUAAUUUUUUUUUUAUCCAUAUCUACGGCUGGUUUCUUUGGCCGAGCAAAGGAUCAUGGGUACUGUAGUGAUUAAAAGCAACACAAACCUGGAAUUGAUUUGAAAACGGAAUAAAAACACCAGAAGCUCCUUCACUUUUUGACUCUGCAGGGCUGUGGCAGUGAAACAUUUCAGCUGAGACUAUAAUCUCACAGUAAAGGUGGAUUAUUUGUUGUGUGCAACUUUAGCGGACUACGAAGAGCAAACGGUUCCUCGCAAACAACCGAUGUGGGAGGGGCCAUGUGUUUCCUGUCAAUGCUGUCACGUCUCUGCGACAGUGGGACAGGAUUGCUUGAAUUUAUAAAGGUUAAACUUUUUUUUUCUCUAACUGAGGGCUUAAUAAAAGCGGGUGGGGGGGUUAAUCCAUGUCUGCGUUCAAAGCAACAGUGGGAAGAACAAAUGAACUGGAAAGCAAAAGAACAGUUUGGGGUUUUUAAAAGGAAGAACUUGGCAUUGUGAUGCCACCAUGUGGCCAUAUGAUGCAAGUUGUUAACGAGGACAAACCUGUUAUUUUAAUGUUAUUUUUUAUUUUCAAAUCAUAUUAUUAAUAAAGUCAUUAAGUACUGUUUC